AUGAAAUAAAUUACAGAUAACGACACAUACUCAGUUGAUGGUAUCAAUUUACAUUAAUCAUAAAUAGGCUGGAAUUUUGAUGAAUAGUUCAAUUUCAUUAAAUAUACUAAGUUUGUUAUUCCUUUUGCUAUCCUAAUCAAUAUUUAUCUGAUUGUAAUUACUUUUCUAUACUAACCCAUCUAUCCACAAUACUUCUAUGAAACAUUACUCUACUCUUCCAUCUAUGGAAUAUGUUUAUCACUUUUUAAUCUAUUUUGGAAAUAAGAAAGUAAAAUUAUAUUAAACUUUUAGAGGAUUCCAUUUUCAGAUAAUUAUCAUUUGUUUUAAAUGGUUUAAUGAUUAUUUUAGCAAUUUCCUUGAUCAUUUUCUUUAUUGCUUCCUUUGAUGCUGAUUAUAAUUACAAAAUCGGAUCAGAUUCAAAUUAUAUCAAUCACAUUUAGGAAUGGUAACAAUUUACACUUUUAUUUCGUUCUAUUAUAUUAGCCUUAUUCCUACUUUUAAUAUCCUAUAUAUACAUCACUUAUAGUCUCUAUCUUUGUUAAGAUUAGUAAAAUCUUAUGAUCGCUUUACAUAUUUACAACACUUUGUUUUUUAUUACUGGAAUAAUUAUAAAUCACUACUCUAAAUUAAUUGGAUUCUAAUUAAUCUUAUUACUUUUAUUAAUUUCAACAACUGCAUUAAUUUAUAGUGCUAAUCUAAAAAAAAUUAAAAUAGCUUACUUCACUAUUGGAGCUAUUUUACUCUUUUAUGUAGUACUUAAUCAAUAUUAGCAUUUUUCAAAUGUGAGAGCAGCUAAAUUAAAUAAAGUAUCAGUCUUAAAUGAUUGUUCAACUCAUUUAAGAAAUAUGCAUAUGGACUUUUUAUUUUCAAAUACUAAUUGCAAAAAAUAUGUAGAAAAUGCAACUUGCACUGAUGAUUAAAAAGCUUUUAUGUGGGAAUUAGAUACUAAAUUACCUAUUUCUUAGAGAGAUACUAAAUUAGGAUGUUUGAAUCUUAAUUGUUGUGGAAUUGUGGCUGACAGAUCAAAAUUUAAAUUAAAUGUCAUUACUUUAGUACAUUAAUUAAUUGGAUUUGCUACACUAACUUUAAUAAUGUACAUAUCAUCCAAACCUCCAUUAUUGAACUCAGAAAUUAAAAUCUAUGAUUUCAUUUUUGGAACUAUUCAUUUAUUUCUAAUUAUUUUAGCAAUCUUCCUUUUCAGUAAAGAAAUAAAUUAAGAUAUUAAUAAAUUUAAUUCACUUUCAACUACUAAAUAUUUAGAUAUACCAAAUGGAUGCAGUUUAAUUAAGAAUUUUGUUACUCUUGAUUGCUAAUUCAUUUAUUGUAACAAUAUCGAAUUAACUAUCAAAUCAGAUUUCCCUUUUAAUUAUUAUAAAUUAAGUAACUCAAAAGACUUUUAUGUAGAUGAUUCAAAUUUUACAGAAUUAAAAUUCAUUGGCAAAUUUGAUUCAAUUAAAGAUUAUAUUUAUUCAAAUGUAUAUCAUUUUUUUUAAUUUAGAUCUAUAUGUGUGUCACUAGUAAAACAGUUAAUAUUGAUUUUACAGUUAAAAAAUCUACGAGACUCCUUAAAGAAGUUAGUUAAAGUACUCCAAUCUAAAGUUUAGAUAUACUUAAAAAACUUCAAGUUGUUAAAUUUUGGAUAUUAGAAUGUUAACUUAACAUCAAUUCAAACUAUACUUUAAUAUUACUUAAUCCAAUAACUAAUUUUGAAUAUAUAAAGAUUCAAAAUCAGAACAUCUUAAAUUUUGUUCAAGAAUAAUCUUAUUUAUUAAUAAUAAAAGCAAAAGACUACAUUCCUUAUGAAUAAAAUAUAUUUAUAAAUCAGAAUACCUAACUCAAAAUAAAUCUCAUUAAAUAAUAGAAAUAACUAUCAGUUAUUAUGCAGGGAUCUAAAUAAUCUAUGCUUGGUACAACAUUUGCUACCAGUAUAUAUAAAUAAUAUACAACUUCUAAAUGGUUUGGAUCUAACAAUAACAUGCAUCUAGAAUAUAUUGAUGAUACAACUUAAGUAAUAAGAAUAAAUGAAGUUGAUUAUCCUAUUUUAGUUUUUAUAAUUAAUCCAAAUUAUGAUGCACUAUUAACAAUUUAUGAUGAAGAUCGAAUAUUAUAUAAAUCAUAUGCUAAUCAAUAAAACAAUACAUAAUAAGUUUUAUGUUUAUAAGGUAAUAAGAUCAAAGAAUUAAAAUCGUAAACAACUACUAAAUUAUUGCCGAAUAGUCUUAUAUGUUGA